AUGGCGACGGGGCAGGUGCUGUUUCACAGAUUCUUCUACUCGAAGUCCUUCGUCAAGCACAGCUUCGAGAUUGUUGCUAUGGCCUGCAUCAACCUCGCAUCCAAAAUUGAAGAGGCGCCUCGUCGUAUAAGGGACGUGAUCAAUGUGUUUCAUCAUCUGCGUCAGUUAAGAGCUAAAAGGACUCCAAGCGCCCUGAUACUUGAUCAGAACUACAUAAACACCAAAAAUCAAGUAAUCAAAGCAGAAAGGAGGGUGCUGAAGGAGUUGGGAUUUUGUGUUCAUGUCAAGCAUCCACAUAAGAUCAUUGUUAUGUAUUUGCAAGUCUUAGAAUGUGAACGUAAUCAAACGCUGGUACAGACAGCCUGGAAUUACAUGAAUGACAGCCUUCGAACAAACGUGUUUGUUCGCUUUCAGCCAGAGACGAUAGCGUGUGCUUGCAUUUAUCUUGCUGCUAGAGCUCUGCAGAUUCCACUGCCUACCCGUCCUCACUGGUUCUCGCUCUUUGGCACCACAGAAGAGGAGAUUCAGGAGAUCUGCUUAACAACUCUUAAGAUCUAUACUAGAAAGAAGCCCAACUAUGAAUUCCUGGAUAAGGAAGUAGAAAAGAGGAAAAUGGCACUACAGGAAGCUAAACUGAAGGCAAAAGGCUUAAAUCCGGAUGGAACUCCAGCCCUCUCAACACUGGGUGGCUUUUCUCCUGCAUCCAAACCAUGUUCCCCGAGAGAAGUGAAAACUGAAGAGAAGAGUCCAGUAUCACUGAAUACCAAAACUGUUAAAAAAGAGCCAGAAGACAGGCAGCAAGCUUUAAAGAGCCCUUACAAUGGCAUGAGAAAAGAAAGCAAGAGGAGUCGAAGCAGCAGAAGUGUGAGUCGAUCUAGAUCAAGAUCAAAGUCGAGGUCUCGAUCCCACACUCCUAGACGGCACUACAAUAACAGACGCAGCCUGUCCGGAACGUACAGCUCACGGUCAAGGAGCCGCUCUCGCAGCCACAGCGGCAGCCCUCGCCGACACCACAACCAUGGCUCACCACACCUGAAGGCCAAGCACGGCCGGGAGGAGCUGAAGAGCGUGAACAGGCACGGCCACAAGAGGAAAAGAUCCCGUUCCCGUUCGCAGAGCAAAUCCAGGGAGCACUCGGAUGCUGCCAAGAAGCACCGGCAUGAGCGAGGACACCACAGGGACAGGCGUGAGAGGUCCCGCUCCUUCGAGAGGUCUCACAAGGGCAAACACCAUGGCAGCAGCCGCUCAGGACAUAGCAGGCACCGCCGCUAGGGUUUGCCCCCGUGCCAUGUUCUAGUUGAACCUGUAUAUA